AUGCCCUUGUUCAAAGUUCAAAGUGAAAGAAACCCACAAAAGUUUUGCAUCUGUGCCAACUCUUUGGCAGAUUUAAAAGAUAAAGGUACUUGUUAAAAGAACUGUUAAGGUCAUGUUUAAUACACAAUGCAGUUUUUCUUGCAACUUGCAAUUAAUUUUUACCCUUUUGGUUAGGGUAAGAUUUAGAGUUAGGGUAUUUUUCAGGGUUAAAUUUAGGUUUCUUGUUAGAUUUAAAGGUUGUCUGAUCUAUAGACAAGUAUCGUAUAGCCAUAUAGAACAAGACGAUUGGUGUUGUACCUAUAACCACAGUGUAUUUAAUAUAGCAUGGCUUUUAAUAGAACCAAUGAAAGGUAUGGGAUAUUGACAUCUUUACUUGUUUUUUGUAUAGGAAGCACUAAACUUGGCAUAAAAAACUCUGAUGAUUUACAAGCCAUGCUAGUAGAUGAUCAGUCCAUUAUUGAUGAUGAAGAUGUAUUUUCUGAACUUUCUCCAAAUACAUGCUUUUAUUUAAUUGAGAAAAGGACAGAUGAUACUUUGGAGUCUGAUGGCACUUUUGCAACACCUUUGUCAUCUAUACAAUUUGCAAACAACAGGCAAAAAAGAUUGACUAUUAGUGAAGGCAAUCUUGGGUUACGGAUGCCACUUGAAUCAGUGAGUCAAUAUUUGUCAUCAUACUAUGCAUUUAAAAUUGUGUUUUAUUAUUUUACAGUAUUGGAUAUUAUUAAUUAAUGCCAAUUGAAAAUUUCACUUGGCCAGAAAUAUGUUGAUAAAACAAAAUUUAAAAACUUAAAUCUAUUAAGUGAUUAUUAGUAUAGUUACAGUAUAGCUUAUACAAUUGGUGAAGUUGCUUUGUUUUAUUUUAUUUUAUAGGAAACCAUUGCAACACCUGAAAAGAACCCAGGUUUGAUAGAGAAAGCUAAAAUUUACACAUCUCCCAGAAAUGAUUAUGAGGAGGCUGUAAACAAUGCAGCUGUAAAACUUGUCCAGGAAAAUUCUGCUCUUGUUUUUCAGAGAGGUAUGUUAUGAUACACACAGUACUUGUACCAUGUAGCAGGAGUGCACACUGCAUGCUGUAUAUCCAUGAGGAGAUUUGUGGUUUCAUCUACCAAGGAAAACAUCAUUGUCCAAUUGUCAAAGCAAAUGCCAAGGCAUGUCAGAAAUGCUCUUCAAAAUAUUACCAAUUUUGCCUGAAAACAAGCCUGCCCAGAGAUAUUUGGGGGCCCAGGCAAAAUAGUAUUUGAGCCCCCCUGGGAUAUGAGUUGACAGAACUAUUUUUACACAUAUUGUAUUGUUAUUUGGGGGCCCUUUUAGCUAAGGGUCCAGGGCGAAUUGCCCGCUUUGCCUCCCCCCCCCUCCUGGGUUGCCCUGCCUGAAAAUAUGCUAAUUUCAAAGACAACAUCAUAAAGUAUAUAUAAUAUUGAAAGUCCCCAAUACAGGGUCUAAUCAAAUCCUUUCUAUCUUCACAUAAUCUCAGCUUAAGUUGUGUAAUGAUACUAAUCAAGCAUGUCUACUAGAUAAGAUUUUUCUUUCUAUUUAUAUGUAGCAGAAUAUUGAAUAUGUCUGAUUGUUAAAAUAACAGGACGCUGGGUUUACUUGGGCGACUAUUGAUGCCUCAAAGCAUUAUGAGAGCAUUUGUGACAAAACACAAAACAAAAGCGAAUUUAUGACUUUGCAGGCUUUAGAUCACACCCAAGUAACAAGCUCAAUGUUGAAAAGAUUAAUCAUAUUUUGUUUUGAACUGGUUGCUGAGAAUUUUGCAGGAGUUUAAAAUCUGACAAUGCAUGGUGCAGAUUGGGUUUCACAGCCAGGCAUGUUAACUAAUUUUGAGGUUCCAAUAAAUUUCCAACCAAAAUAGAGGCAACCAGCAUGAACCUGUAUAUAAAUGAACAAAUUGUGAGCAAUUUUGGUUAUUAUUAUAUACAUGACAAAAUUACUGCAAUCUGAUUGGUCAAGAGGAGUGCAAUUAUUAUCAUUUAUAGACCUGGAGCAAGGGGGAUUCGGCGAAAUAUUACCCGAAGUGAUGAUAUUUCCCGAGGGGCUUUGCCCCAAGGGAAAUAUCAUCACUGAGGGUAAUAUUUCGCCGAAUCCCCCGAGCGGAGGGUCUAUAAAUGAUAUAUUAUACCGAAAAUUAAAAGCCUCCAAGUUGAGAAUUAAAAACUUGACACAUACCUUCGUGAAUACGAUGUUUUAUUUUCGGAUUAACGCAAGUAUCGUCGCUUUUCUUUCGAAUCACAUAUCGUUUGGAAUAUUAAUGACAAAGCCCCGGGUUUUAGGUUUGAAAAAGCCCCAGGUUUUAGGUUUAAAAUUGAAUUAUUCAUCACUCAUACUAUUUAUGUUUUGUCGGCCAUCUUGUUGUCAUGCGUGUUGUCCCGCGUGGUCUACGCGAAUAAUGUUCCACCCCAUGUUCCCCGGGGAACAUGGGGUGGAACAUUGUCAAAAGGAACGCAGGCUCGCUAAUUGAUGACGUAAGGCGUGAUAUCACGAUUAAUUUCAUGCUCAUGUGGCACAAACUAAGCUUCCUGAUUGGACAAUUUGAAUUUGAGGUAUAAUAUUUUCAUUAAUUGCACUCUCCAGGAGUGCAAUUAAUGAUUUUCGUGAUGGCUGGGGGGAGCGGGAAAUCAAAACAACAAAAUCCAAUAUGGCGGCGAAAUUUAGAUAAGUAUUUCUAACAAAUGUGGACGAAUUUAACUGAAUUUUGGCACAAGAGUGAGUUUAAGAAACAUUGUAUGGCAAAAAGAGCCUGUGGGAAAUACCUGGAAACAGUCUUAAGAAAGAAUCUUGGCGGGAUGCAGCGAAACGUGACUAUGUAAGUUUGAAAUACAAUUUAUAAAGAUUUUCUUAGUCUAAAAUAUGUUGUUUGAGUUUGAAUCUUGUGUUCUAGUUUAAAUUAUGUGCCUUUAUGAGUUUAUAAUCAUUUCCCAAGUUUGUUUAUACCAAAUUGCUUACAAAAGAAUUAAAAACUCUUGACAAAAUGCAGUUGAAAUAUAAAGAAAGCGAUUUUGUCAUGCAUAUAAUAAAUAAUCACACGGGCAAGUCGUGCAAUUAAUGAUUAACACUACUCGUGAUAUUUGAAAAAUGUGCCAAAUUGCACUCGCCUCAGCGGCUCGUGCGAUUUUGGCACAUUUUUCAAAUAUCACUUGUAGUGUUAAUCAUUAAUUGCACUCCUUCCCGUGUGAUUACCUAUACUAAACUGCAUCAAAAUCUUUCUUAUUAAAUAUUAACUUUUCAUUUUGCAUUUUUUCAUAACAUAUAAUCCACUUUAACCGGGUGUGCGGAAAUUAUCCACAUGUGGAUCCAUUGGCAAUACUGUGAAAUAUAUGUGUGUUCAUGCAGUAUAUGUGCCAAAGUUCAUGCUUUUACUGCAAAACCCACAUUUGGUGCACAAAUACCCAGAUAAAAUCAUCUGGGUUUCGCGACAUAGAAUCCAAUGUUCCCCAUAUCUAAUUAUUUAUAUCACAUGAACUCAUCAUACAUAAAACUUUGUUUGUAGGUGAGUUGUUUCUAAAAGCAAAAGAAAUGGUUCGAGAAGGCGGCUAUAAAUUCAAGAAAGGCUAUUCCAGAUCAAAAGGGUCUAGCAAUGAAGGUAGUAGUAGUGAUGAAGGAGUGAAAAAAAGAGCAAAAAUAAAUAAAGAAGAAAGAGAGAAAGCUAUAGAAGACCUGAAACUACUGCUUAAAAGUCUUGAAGAUCAGUUGCGUGUUAAACAAAUGCGCAUAACCAAGGCAAAAGCUAUCAAUGAUUUUAAAGUAGCUGACCAACUAAUGGAUGAAGUUAGGAAUCUACUUAGAGAGAAAACGGAUUGCGACAAACAAUUGUUAGCUUUUGACAAGAAGUCGUCCAAGUCUGAAUGGUACCGUAAAAGAGCUCACUCGAAAAGUACAGCACAUGAAUUUAAAGAUGGAAGUUCUCUAUCGGAGCCAGAAGGAAGCCAAAAUAAGAUCGCAAAAUUUUUUAAAGGCAACGGAAAUGUUGCAAGCACUUCCACAUCGACUGCUACAACAGAUGAUGCUGCAAGGCAAGAAAAAGCAGAUAAACCAGUAGACAGAGUUAUCAGCAUUGAUCAUUCUCCUCAAAGUGAUGAUACGUUGAUUGUGUCUGACAGUUCUGAACCAGAAUUGUCUUUUUAGAUGCGUCCUCUCCUAGUGGGAGAGGAGAAAAACAACUUAUGUCUAUUUACAUUAAACAGAACAAAAACAACUUAUCACAUUAUAUUUCGUUGAAAGACAAUGUUUAUGUUUCAAAGUUUGAGGGUCUCACAUUACAUGAGUAUGUAAAAGCAAUGACUCUCGUUUGUUCAAACUUGUACAAGCGUCGUGGUUGUAAAUGUUUACACAACUGCGAAGGACUUUUAAAUGUAGCAAAUAUAGUGAAUGAGGAAGGAUUUAUAAAGCUUAAAGAUGCUGCAGAACUGUGCAGUCCGAAUGUUAAAUACACACCAGCCCAUGCUCGUAGAAAAAUGUUAAGAAUGCCUUGUGCUGUGAUUGGGACAGGUAGUUUGCUCGAAGGAACUUCUUGUUUAUAUCUAGUGGAAAAACAGAGCCCGGCCACUUUGUAUCUUUUGCAAUCUCUACUAAAAGAAGCAUGUAUUAAAAAGCAAACUAACAAAGGACUUACGAAAGAAGACAUGAAAAAGCUAUUGAAUUUGGCGGAAUCUGAAAGUGAAAGAAAGAGACUAAAGUACGCUGUUGUAAAGUCGAGUGGAAUAUCAAGCACGAAAGCAAAAGCUGUUUAUGGAUUUGACGACAUGACUUCUAAAAUAAACGAUGUAGAGAAAGCAAUGGAAGAGGCAUGUGCAAUCAGACAAGCAAUCGAAGACAUUGCUAACACUAAGGAAAAAUCAAUAUUACUUCCUCUGGGAAUAAGUGAAUCCAGUGAAAAUGGCUCGGAUACUGAAAGUGAGACUGAUUGUGAGAGUAGUUCUGCAAUAACUGAUUCAACAUGUCUACCCAACAACCGGAAGGAUAAUAGCGACGAAGAAAUUACACCAGUUAGACAGUCGAUGUUAGAAGAUUUAAAGGAAAAUGAAUUUGGGUACAACAGCGAUAGUUCUUCAGAAAUUACGUCAGAAUCAGAAUCCAGCGAAGCCGAAAUUUGGGCAUUGGGUGUUACUAGUGCUUUGGAUGAGAGAGGUAAAAUAUUAAUCAGAAAACGAAGAGCAGCUAUACGACGCAAAACCGCACGAACAAUCAAGAAAAGAUUAGCUGAAAAGCGUCUUUUGGGUAGAAGAAGAAGUAAAAAGGUUGGAACACUUAUUUCUCAAUGUCCUAAUAUCGGAAAAGAUAUAGAGGAUUUUGUAAAAGAAAGUGGGGCUGGAGCAGACGCAUGGCGAAGAACAGGCGCAUUAAAAUUUGACGGAAACCGUAGAGUAAAAAAGAAAGCAACAUUUAAACGUAUACAAGAACAUUUGCAAGAGAAAUACAAUGGAAAAAUAUGGUAUGGCACUGUUAUACAGUUAUGUAUAGCACGUAAUAAAAGAUGCAAGUCUGCUGUUCGCUAUAGAGGGGUUGCCAAUGUCUUAAGUAAACGAGCAAGAAAGCGCUUUAAUAUACGUUAUAACCCAGACACACAUUGGAGUGCUGCCUUUUACCGAGGACUGGAGGAGAUUCAGUACAAAGACGGAAAGAAUAUUAUUAACAUAGGAAGGGAUGAUCAAGCAGGAUUCCGGUUGGACACGAUGGCCACACACAAACAACAUCCGACUCUUUGUGUUAAAGGUAUGGAAACUACUACAACAAGGAAUGAUUACGUAAAUAAAUACCCCUCUAAUUUACAAACAACAUCGUAUAACUUCCCAUCCACUACUACAACUUGGGAGGUUUGUGCCGGAGUGGUUAAAGCACCAGGUGUUCAUGCAAAAAAACGCAGCACAACAUUACGCAGAUCUUCAGAUGCUAGAAGAGAACGAAGAAACACGCGAAGUAUCUUGGAACAGUGAAACCCAAGAACGAAAAGAAAUUGAAUGUGCUCGAGUUGACGGAAGUUUUGACGAGGGUCCGUCCCAUUGCGAGGUUCAAUAUUGGUGAACGGUUCGUCACCUUGUAACCAGUUGCCAAAUGACGUUAGUAACGUCUAGAAACAGUGGUGCGAGCUAUAGGAACCGCGUAGAGCUGCAAAAUGGCAGUCUUGCCCUUGGUCAUGCUAACCUUUUUAUUCCUUCAACUCUUAAUGGCUCCUGUAUUAGUGGUGGAAACAUUGACAACGAUUUGCUGCGUAAAAAUUUGGAUGCUGCUAUAGAUGUAUAUAUAUCAAGAGUUAAUAAAACUCCCUGUUUUGGAACAGUUAUUAAUCUAUACAAGGGAGCAGACAGUAAAGCAUACCAGGAGGAAAAUGAGUUUUUUAAAAUUUUCUUGAAAGGAAAGAAAGAAGAAAGGGAAAAGCAAAAGAAAGAUCAUCCUGAGAAAUAUGCUCGUGCUCAAGCGAUUUGGAAUCUACGAAAAAGACAUAUGAGAACAGAUGUUCCAUUAAAGUAUAUUUUUUGCCUGAGCUGUUGCUACCAACCUGACUGUGAACAUUCUUUGUGUCGUAAAGGUAAGCCUAGUGAAGAACCCACAUGGUAUGUUGGUGGCCCACCCUUGUCUUUCCUACCUGUGCCUUGUCCUGAUCCUGAACGUUGCUAUGGCAGUGAACAAUGCAGUGAAUGUAAUGGUGCUUGCUACGGCCAUUACCUAAAGUUAGAUGAACUUUGGAAGUAUACUUCCGAAGUAAGUGAUGUGAAAUGUUGCCUGCCAUCAGAAGUUAUUUUAGCAGAAUAUGACAAACAUCGAAAAGAAGCCAUUUCCAUGCACGGGAUACUUGAUGAUAAUUGUGUACAAGAUCUUGCUAAACAAACUUUGCUCUCUCCUGAAGAAGUAACUAUGUGGCUCAGUCAUUUGAACACAAUUGCAGAAAAUAGAAAGAAAGGUGCAGAGAAAGCAGCCGAAACACGUAGAGCAAGAAAGGAAGCAUCAAAGAAACUGAUAGAUUUACCGAAUGGAGAUGACUCCGAGGUGUGCGAUGUUUGUAAGUUAGAAGACCCGGCUGAGGGGGGUGAAGAAAUAGUUCCUUGGGUUUGUUGCGAGGGUUGUUCACAGUGGAGCCACAUUGUGUGUGUUGGUAUUGAGACUGAACUUGAAAUUCCAAAUCAUUGGCAGUGUUUUAAAUGUUCUGAGAAGUGGGAAUAGAUUAGAUGAACUCAGAAUAAGAUUUUUAUUAAACAUGUCACUUUGUGUGUGUUGGUAUUGAGACUGAACUUGAAAUUCCAAACCAUUAACAGUGUUUUAAAUGUUAUGAGAACUCAUACGAUAAGAUUUAUAUUAAACCUGCAUUUUGAACUGUUAAUUAUGACUUAAGUUCCGUUCACACCGGACGCAAUGCGGCAACGCGAUGGGGCAACGCGACACGAUUGUUAAGAUUCUAUAAAAAGUAAAUACUGUAGCAACGUCUAUCAAAGGAAACUUUAAGACCUCGUUUACACUAUGUCGGAUUCGCAUGUCACGACAUGCAUCUUAUUUAUCAGUCGAUCAAGGCAAUAUACCUCAAGAUUCUAUAUGGUGUUAAAGCGAUGAACUAAACUAAACUGUCAAGCAGUGAAUCUUUGCAGUCAGGUUUUUGUCUCCAAACGACAAACGACGAUCUCGUGACGAGUGCAAACGGGCCCAACAAACUCAAAUUGUUACAGCGCUUAUGAAUAUUUGAAAAACUUAAACCAGGAUCAAAGAUAUUUGUUUAUGAAAAUUAGAAAAUAGCGUAGCAUUGUAGCAUCGCCUCCAGUGUGAACGGACCGUUAAUAUGUUCAUGUCAAUUCAUAUUAUUAAAAAUCAUUUUUCUUUGUUUUGCUUGAUGUUUAUUAGUAAAUUGGUGUUUUUAAAAAGCUUAAAAUAUGUGGCUCUUCUCCCGUGGGUGGGGAAAGUUACCUUUAUUUGACCGGAAUUUUCAUCCCCCCCUGCGGGCAUUUGAUUAGUUUUCUCAUAUUUUUGUCAAUUCCCCUCCCUAGUCCCGGCCUCCCCCCCCCCACAGGAUUUACAUUGAUAGGUGCAUAAUUCUCAGUUUGGUUUUCGAAAAUUUCACUCUACAGCUACAGCAUUACUCGACUGUACUAAUGACUGGUUUAUGAACUUAGACAGAAAAAUGUUUAACUUUGUAGUCUUAAUUGACCUGAAAAAAGCAUUUGAUACUGUUGAUCAUCAAAUUCUGUUAAGAAAGUUGGAACUUCAUGGAAUAAAAGGAAAAGCUUUGACCUUUCUUAGAUCUUACCUCACAAAUCGAAAACAGAAAUGCCAAAUAAAAGGAUCCAUUUCAUCAGAAAAAUCGAUCAAAUGUGGUGUACCACAAGGCUCUAUUCUUGGGCCACUAUUCUUUCUAAUAUAUAUUAAUGAUUUGCCUCAAUGUCUAAAUAAUACAAAACCUCGGUUGUUUGCUGAUGACACAAAUCUAACCGCUACAGGAGAUUCUAUACCUCACCUUGAGACUGCAGUGAACUCUGAUUUGGAAAACCUUAGAAAAUGGUUAAUUGCCAAUAAACUUAGCCUAAAUGUAGCUAAGACCGAAUUUAUGUUAAUUGGUUCGAAGCCAAUGAUCAAAAGUGUUUCAAAUUCACAACCUAAUAUUGAAAUUGAAAACAAACCAAUUAAACAAGUUUACAAAUGUAAAACUCUUGGAGUGACAGUUGACCAGCAUUUGUCUUGGAAAAGUAAUACUGACAAUAUUUGUAAGAAAAUAACAGCAGGAAUAUCGGCUCUUCGGCGUUUAAAAGAGUUUACUGAUAGACAAACUCUUAUUUCUGUAUAUAAUGCAAUUGUUCGGCCAUACUUCGAUUAUUGUUGUGAAGUAUGGGAUGUGUUUGGGGAAACACAAUCAAAGCGACUCCAAAAACUCCAAAAUAGAGCUGCUCGAAUUAUCAUGAAUAUGAGCAAUGACACAGAACAUUCUGUUGCUUUACAAGCAUUGAGCUGGGUGCCACUCAAAACGGAAAGACAAAAAGCUAAAGCAAAAUUAAUGUACAAAAUAUUAAAUAAAAUGGGUCCGGAGUCACUCACUAAUCUUUUCACAUAUAAAGGUGAGAUGACAAACUACAAUCUUCGGGAUAUUUUGAGUAGUCUUUGCUUACCUAAACCGCGUACAAAUAGCAUGAAAAAGAGUUUCAUGUAUGACGGAGCCUACCUUUGGAAUUCUAUUCCGAAGGAAAUUAGAGAAAGCAAAUCCUUUGCCUCUUUUAGGAAUAAAAUCGCUACUCACAUUAAUAGUAAUUGUAAAUAGAUGUUCCCGCAGACUAACUUACUAAGUACCGGUACUAUACUUUACCUAUUUAAUAUUAUUUCUAAUAUUUUGUAAAUAAUUAUUCUAAAUUUUAUACUUCUGUAAUUUCUUCUAUACACACCCCCUGUGGAAAUCAGCUUUGGUUGACAGGGUUAGCGUGGUUAAAUAAAGUUUUCUAUCUAUCUAUCUAUAGCAGAUACUUUGUCUCCAGCAGCUUUAACCAAUCCCACAGCAAUGGGGACAAGUGAAGAAGAAGUGUUUCGCAUGGAAUUAUCAUCGAUGGACCUUAAACCACCUAACUUGUCUAAUGUCACCUUGGAGCGACUAAAAGAAGAAGUAUCAAGCGACGCAACAUUGAAAUCACUUUAUGAAACAGUACUAAUAGGAUGGCCGUUAGAUAGAGCAUUGCUACCUGCAGACCUUCGGCCAUAUUGGUCUUUCAGAGAUGAGAUUUCUAUUGACAAUGGUGUACUAUUGAAGUCUCAUCAAGUAAUCAUCCUGCCAUCAAUGAGACAAGAGAUGUUAAACAAGAUUCACAAAGCUCAUCAAGGUGCAGACAGCAGUAUAAGGAGAGCCCGAGAAACACUAUUCUGGCCAGGUAUGUCAGCGGCAAUACGCCAAACCUGCUCGUCAUGUGGUCUGUAUGCACAGUAUAAAUCAGAAUGA